AUGACCAAGCCGAAGCUGCCCAUCGUCCUCUUCAUCGGUCUCAAUGCGCUUCGACUCCUUUCACUCGUUGUGAUCAUCCUCGUCUUCACCACGCUCAUCAUGGGUCUCGUGGAGGACAUUCGCGACUACCACGAUCCGGCGAACAUGGACGAGGCACAAGCAGACGAUUGCGCAUAUGUUCCGGGCACCUCUAUCCCCAUGCAGACUUGGGGCAUCUUUUGGGUCGAAGUGCAUCGCUCGCUCCUGCUCAUCGGCACUGUGGCGCUCCUCCUGGCCGAGCUGAGCUGGCUCAGCAUUUCAAAGCUCGAGCGAGCCGCACAGCUGUGGUUCCCCGUACUCAGCCGCGAGCGCGGACUCGCUGCACUCGGAAGUGUGCAGAUCGUGGUGGCCACUUCGCUGCUCAGCCACUACCUCGACGAGUUCCCUCUGGUGGUGAGCUGGAUGCUUUUCGUCAUUGGCAUGUGCUAUCUCUGCCUCGGCAUCGCGUUUCACUCGAGCUCGCUCAAAGACGCCCGAAGCUGCUUCUCACAAAGGCGUAGCGAGUUCGGCAAGGAGUCAGGGCACAGCUUCGCCUCUCGAUCUGCGCUUAAAGAGUUGAAGGUCGGAGGCGUCACGCACACCGGUUCAGAGGCUUCGAUGACCUUUCGAAAUCUCUUCAGCCGGAAAGGAGGACAGGGAAAGAGACGGGUGGCGCCAGUGUCGAUCCACGAAUCGUUCCCAUCGCUGGAAGCCAAGUCGCAUCGCGAUGUGCUGACGGACCGAGCACGUCGUGCGGAGCAUCGGCGCAAGACUUCGAGUGUCGCCGUGGACAUGUCGACGCUUCAGGCAGACAACUCCUCGAUCACUCGCGACUUUGUGUGGGACGUUGGCACAGGAAUCGUGCACGAGCGCAGUCGAGAACAUGGACAUAGCAGGUCGCAGUCCCAGACUACCAGUGACACGAGACGAGACAGCCGAUUUAGCGAACAGUCGUUCAGUGCAGCCAGCAUUGCCAGCAGCACGCAGGUUCGCAUCGGUGGUUAUACCUCGCGAGAAGCGGCGCGGGCCCGCGAGCGAGCCAAGCAGAGGCGCGCGGGCAACCUCGCUGGUUCAAGCGAUGAGCGAGCUCAUCCCCCUCCAGCCAGGAGCACGGGUCAGAGCUCCAAGACGGCCAUCAAGCUCAAAAGCGCAAAACGCCGGAGCUUGGCAUUCGUCAAUGGCGCUCGUCAUCGACUGAGUGCAGGGACGGCAUCGGCACUUGCGGCUCGACGACGCGCUUCAUCGCAAAUGCGUCGAAGUAUUCCCAACGCAGAUUCUGACAUCGUGAUCGAGUAUAUUGAUGAUGCCAACACCGCGCCUCCAGUCCCUCCGCUUCCUGCGUACCACCAGGUCUCGGGAGUCACCGAGCCCGUCGCGCUUCCUGUAGCCUCUCGCUUUGCACGCACCCAUGUUGUCUAA